AUGGCGGAGAAGUAUUCCACAAGUUUAACCAAGAUGAAGAAACAGAGCCAAGACCAAAACUCACCGAGUUUACGCCGUUGGAGCUCUACCUCCGGCAAACCGUCUAGGCAAAAUUGCCUGUGUUCUCCGACGACACACGCCGGUUCUUUCAGGUGCAGGCACCACCGCGUAGAUUCCUUGACACGUGUCGGGUCUAUUGGGACGAACCUCGCUGUGCUAUUGUCAUCCAAGUCGAGCCGGUUUAGCAACUCCCCCCUCAAGGCUCAGUAA